AUGUUGCUGCAUUCGAUAGCCUUACCGGACGUCUUGAGGGCUGCGGCCCUUGACAUGGUAGCCAGCACUUGUGGGUCUAUUUUUGGCCUCGCGCUACUCGCAUCUAUGAUGCUCCUGCUUUGGCGGGCUUGGAGGUUCACGAUCAAUCCACUCUUGCACCCUGAUGAGCCCAAAGAGCUGCCUUACUGGAUCCCAUUUCUGGUUGGCAGGAUACAUUUCGGCAACACCAAGGAACCAUUCGCGCUCACUAUUGCCGGGUCUACCACUUAUGUUAUAACGAAUGCGCAGGAUGUUACUGAGGCAUAUAAGAACAACUCCACACUGUCCUGGACCGAGUUCCUUUUGGAAAUGAUGCGAACCCUUGGAAACAAUGAGAUUUGCGUCGAGGCGGCCGCCCGCCCGCUCCCUCGAGACAAAGAUGGCUUCCCUAACCCCCAUGGAAAGCCUCUAGUCACACUGGCUCGGGAUAUGCAUAUUCGUCAGCUUCAUCCGGGCGACCAGCUUGAUGAUCUCGAAAGGCGAUUCCUCCGUUGGUUCGAGCGCUGUUUGGAACCCGAAACGAUGGCUAAGACGUACGGCAGCAACGUGGCGCAGAAAGACCAAGACACCACCGUCACUGUGUCACUUGUGCAGUGGUGUUCUGAAAUUUUCACGCUGGCUUCCCAGGAGGCCUACUUCGGCCCUGAGCUGGCACAUAUCGACCCACACCUGCACGAGACCUUUAUCGUCUUUGAUGAGCUCAGCUAUCAAAUCCUGUACCAGUAUCCGCGUCUUUUGACCGGCAAGAUGCGGGCCGCCAAGACUCAGCUCCAGCACGCGAUGAAAAACUAUCUUCAACUGCCGCCCAGCAAGCGGACUGACACUGCCUGGUUCACCGAUGCCUUCGAAACCGAGUGCAAGGCACUGGGAAUCGACGAAACACAGGUCGCGCUAAUGUUCUUCACGGUUUACUGGGGUGCCAAUACCAAUACCCGCAGGGCAGCGUACUGGCUCCUUGCGCACCUCCUCGAUACGCCGGACCUACUCGCCGCUCUGCGAGCCGAGACCGCUGCGGCAUUCGAUCAGGCUGGUAAUCUCGACCCGGCACGUCUUCACGAUGCCGACCACAAUCGGUGUUUCGAGGCGGUCUGGAACGAGACGAUCCGUAUGUCGGCGUACGCGUCCUCGGUGCGCUACAUCACGCGCGACACCAUAAUCGGGGGUAAGUUGCUACGACGGGGCCACCGCCUCAUGAUCCCUUAUCGGCAGUUGCACUUCGACGAGGACGUGUUCGGGCCCGGCGUCAACGAAUUCCGGGCUGCGAGGUUCGGUUUCGACAUCGCUGCUACAGACAGGAAGAACUACAAAGAGAACGGGGCUUAUCAGAAGCUCACGCGCGGGGAUAGCUGGCGCCCCUUUGGCGGCGGCGUCACUAUGUGCCCAGGUCGGUUUAUCGCGAGACGUUCUGUACACAUCUUCGUUGCGCUCUUGCUACACCGGUACGAUGUCGAGAGCGUUGGGCCGAGCUUAUGUUCUGAGGCCUAA